AUGAAUUUAAUAAAAGGCGCCAAAAACAAACCGCAGAAGCAUUCCCAAAACAGAUAUGUGAACAAUAAUACAAAAUGUAAGAAAAUUUUUAGUGCACACAGAAUUAAGCAGUUAGCUAAGGACAAGAAAUUGUUGGAUGAUGCUUUGUUAGAUUGUUAUGGAAGGUUCAUAGCUUUACUUCCAGAAUUCCUACUGAAGGAUCAUGUGCACUUGUACUUUCAAAUUCAAGAGGCAUACUGGUGGUACGAUGAUAUGUGGCAGGAUAAAUACCCAGACAAGUUACCAAAAUUAAGUUUAAAAACGUUUGGUUAUUUAAUAUGCGAUGAUUGUCCAAUAUUAAAAAAAUAUGUCCCACCGUCAGCUCAUGAGAAGUUCUCCCUAAAUUGGAGAAGAUACUGCAGAACUAUACCGCUGAGAGGUGCAAUUCUUUUAAAUCAUAAUUUAAAAAAAUGUCUAUUGGUGAAGGGUUGGAGUACCGAUAGCUGGUCCUUUCCAAAGGGGAAAGUCGACGAAUUGGAAGAAGACUCCGUCUGUGCAUGCAGAGAAAUUUAUGAAGAAAUAGGAGUAGACAUAUUCCCAUACAUCGACGAGGAGGUUUUUAUCGAAACGCAUAUAGAAGACCAGCCCGUCAAGUUGUUCAUAAUACCAGGGGUAAAGGAAGAAACGUAUUUUCAGCCAAAAACGAAAAAAGAAAUUGGAGGCAUUCGGUGGUUUGAAAUAGAAAAACUUUUGGAACAUAUAAAUUUAAAAAAUAGAAAAAGUAUCAUGUUUGAAACUAAGAAGGAGCGCAUUAACGAAUGGUUCGUUGGUCCCUUUAUUCCCAAUUUAGUCAGAUGGAUCGAAGUUUUAAGAAGAUCUGUGCCUGCAAAGGAUCUGAAAGGAGGAAACUCCUUCAUAGAAGGCAGCAUCCAAGCGUAUAAAUAUCAAAUAAGUGGAGUUGACGAGGCUGUUAUUAAAAAGCUUCAAACGGUCAAUUUGAACUCGAAGGAGAUAAUAAAUAUCGGUUUGUUCAAAAGCGAUGACGAUUUGGAAGAAUACGACGAUGAGAACGGGAAUGUGAAUCAGAAUCAUGCCUUAUUGCCGAAGGACGUGGACGAAGGGAUGGUCUCCAAGCAGGUCACCACAUCGUAUGCUAAUUAUAACAGCGCUAUUAAGGUCCCAGGAGUAGAUAAAAAUAGGGGGAGCUUUACCAAUCAGGAGGGUGUUAAGAACAGCAGCACGUCCAGCAGUGUUAGCAAUAGGAAGAUUGACAGAAGGAGCAUCGGACCGAAUACGAAACAGAGUAGCACAAAUUAUUACAACGAGGAAAUGGUUUCUAUAAGAAGCGAAGGAACUAUCGGUCAAGGUUCACCACCAUUGUACGAUGGCAUGAACUGUAACGGUGUUACCCAUUCCUUGGACCCCAUGCUGGAGAAAAGCGCGUACGUUGAAGAAAGUACGUAUAGUAGGAUGCAGAAAGAACUCAUGGGAAAUAAAAAAGUGUAUGAGCAUGUGGACGACGCCAUCGUGCCAUUGAGGAGGGAAGAUAUAUUAUUAAGCAGUUCGGCGCAUUAUCCAGAUCGAGCCAUUUUAGGAGGACUACUGAAUGAGAACAACGGUAGCAGCAAUCUGGGAAAUAAUUACAAAAAUAAUGGAGUGAGAAGUACGUACAACACGAUCAAUACCAACAGCAGUUGCACCAAAAAGAUGAGUAGAGAGGUGAAAAACAAUGGUAGCCCCGGAAAUGUCGCGCAUAAGGAUCUGUAUGGAGUGGAGAGUUACCCGUCCCCCAUAAGCGAAGUUAACAGUUGUGCAGUAAAAAUGUCCUUCAAACAGAACAGCCUCAGGGUUAACCAUGGCGAGAAUAAGAAAAACAGUGUCACUAUCAAUAGCAGUAGCAGCGGCAGUGGUAGCAGUAAUGACAACAACUACGAUAAUAGCAACUAUAGCAAUAAGAACAACUAUAGUAAUAAGAACAACUAUAGUAAUAAGAACAACAAUAAUAAGAAGGCCUAUCAUGGGCCGAGCAGCAACAGUGCGUACAAGAAAACUUCCACUCCGAAUGGUAAUAAUUAUGGGAAACAUUACGGCGAAUAUGAUCCUGCACGAGCGAAGGGGUAUCGCUACAGCUUGAACAAGACGCGAAUGGGGGGACCUUUAUCAGCCCUACGAUUGAAGGAGGUAGGAUUGAGAAGCUUUGACGAUCAAGACAUGGAAAAGAGAAAAAAUUUCCACCUGAAAGUCUAUGGCAAUAAGGACAAAUUGAAUGGUGAUAAAGCGGAAAUACAAAAUCGAUAUAAAAAAUUAAGUUCGAAGAAUCCGUAUCAUUCUGUAGAUGAUGCCUCUGUGUAUUACGUGCCCACGAAGAAUAAGACACUGGAUGCCUGUAAUGAGGAAACCUUUGGCGAGAACCACACCAACGGAUGGACCGCAGAAGACAUGUUCAAAUUGAAUGAAGAAAAAUUUGGCAUUCAUUCGACGUACAAUAUAGAGGAAUACACCACCCCCCUAGUUUAUAAGGAAGAGAAAAUUAGUAGGUAUAACAAGAGCUCCAAGAUUAAGGAGGGCAUUACUCCGCCCCUGGUAGGUAGCAGUAACAAACAGGGUGAUGGUGGCUACAAUAUUAAGAUCAGUGGCCCCGAGGAAAUGGGUAGCCAUGUUCUUGGAGAGGGAAAAUAUGGAAGUAGUAGUAGCAAUAAUAAUGACAGGAAUGAGAAUAACACUGUGGCGCGGUCCAAGGGGCUGUUCCAGAACAGUGCGGAGAAGGGGAAAGCAACUCACAGCCUUAAUGCGAACGGGUACAUAAACGUGAAAGCCUUGUUGGCAAGAAAAAUGAAGAUGACGCCGAACGGUAACCUCCUACGAUUGAAUGAUAAAAGUGCGAAGAAAAGUAUUAGUUGUGUUAGCAAUAAUAUGAGCGACACUAACAGGGGAAAGGGUUUACUGAACAGCAGUAACGCAAUUGUGAAUUUUAUCAAUGGCUGUUAUGUUCAUCACGAGGGGAAUGGCGGCGCGGAUUCAAAGAGGGGGAUCCAGGUUGACAUCACUGGCAGUAACGACGUUCACCUGUUAAACGGUAUUAACGGUGUGAGCGGAAUGAACAGCGUCAGUGGAGCGAAUGGUACAAAUCAUGGAAGCAAGAAUCCGAGUGACAACUUCAACCCAGAAGUCGGUCGCAUGCAGGAAAGAAGAAGCAAUGUAAACGUAGACGUAAUUCAAGACGAAAUGCUAAGAAAGUAUAAGCUGAAGGAAGGCUAUGGCGUCAUGAAGAAAGGAAAUGUGAGCCAAAAUAGAGUAAACAAUUUUGUCGAUUUGCAUAAGCCUUCCAUUCGAUACAGUGACAUCAGUGCUGACAAGAAUUACAAAACAGAGUCACAGACGAACAGUAGUGGGAAUGCUCCCCUUUCGAAUGAAUACCUGCUAAAUGCAGCUAAUCGGAACCACAAAAUGAACAUGUCGGGCGACGUAAAUUAUAAAAAUAGAAGUGCAUGUUAUGACGCCAGUUAUAUGAACGCAGGGAAGGACAAUAACAACUUGGUUAACAAAUCGAACGCAGGGGAAUAUUUGAAUGGGAGCAUUUUGGGGCUACGAAAGGACGGAAUGAGUAGUGAAGGUGUUCCUGCAUACAGAGGUGUACCGAGCCGUAGCUCCUUGGGGCGAAGCUCUAAUGGAAAAAAUAAGUUAACCCAAUCUGAUUUGAGGAUGAAUAGGGAAGUGACUGAUAAAAGGGAAUAUUCACAUUUAGAUGGUGAAGGUAUGGGUCUUUAUCAAAUUAAGGAAAAGGGAAUUGAUGCUUCGAAGGAGGCUAGCCAAGGGAGCAAUAACAGCAAUAACCGCGGUAACCGCAGCAGCCAUUCCAAUGAGCCUGGGAAAUACUUGCUAAAUUUAAUCAAGGGAACGGCAAAAUCGGAUGUGCCAGCCGAUUCCAAUUUAACCAAUCACAAUCGUAGUAAUGCCAGCCGGGCUAGUGUCAUGUCAGGAAGUAGUGCGAAACCGUUAAGUGAAAAGGAGAUAUUGUCCAAAUUUUACAGCAGUGAAGCUCGUAAUAAUCAUGCUUUUACUAAAAAGGUUAACUCGGCGCAUACUUCCACAGGGGACAAGAGAGACUCCAUCCAUGAUGGGGAAAGGCACGAUAACUACAGAAGUGUCAUUGCGAAGGAUAACUUAAAGAUGCAAAAAAACAGAAGCAGAAUGAGCCAGGAGCAUCUUAUUUAUGAUGGCGCUGGUGGGCGCGAUGCACAGGAGGAGUUAAACUUUAACGAGAUGGAGCUGAUGGAAAAGCUGACGAAGCAUUUGAACAGUUACAACCCCUUCGAGUAA